AUGGAAAGCAGUUCUAGCAGCAGCAGUGAAAAAUAUGUGGCUGACCCCGAGUUAAAAGAACUUAUAAAGCUUAUGGCGUUGAAAUUACAGAAAGAAGACGAAAACAAAAAAGUUAGCAUAUCAGUUGAUAAUUUCAACAAAAUAAUCCCCGACUGUGACGGCCAGUCGAUACCUAUUAAACAAUGGUUUGAUAACUUCGAUCAAAAUGCGGAAGCUUACGAGCUCACACCAAAACAAAAAUAUGUCCAAGCUCGGGGCAAAGUGGUAAAGGUGGCUCAAUUGUUUCUAGAGUCGGUGUCGGUCAGUGAUUACGAAACACUAAAACAGCUGCUGAUUCGCGAAUUCCACAAAGAACUUAGUAGUGCUGACUUACACAAAAAACUAUCUAAUCGUAAAAAGAAAGACUGUGAAAAUUUUCAUGAGUACAUUUUAAAAAUGGAAAAGAUAGCAUGUUGUGGAAACAUCGAAGACGCGUCGGUGAUCCGGUAUAUAGUGGAUGGGCUGAAAAUCCAAAACGAGUACAAGUAUGCUUUAUACAGUACAAAAAGCUUUUCAGAACUCAAAGUACAGUACGAAAUUGUAGAAAGAAUGCAAAUUGUAGAAACAGUGCGGAAAAAUAACAAAAUUAGCGAAAGAUCUAAACAAGAAAGAGAAUAUACAUCAAAUAUUAGGAAGGAACAUUGUUUUAAUUGUGGGUCUGUAGAUCACAAAAGAGCCGAUUGCAAAGACGAGCCGAAGUGUUUUCGCUGUAACAAAAGUGGACACAUAUCAAAAAACUGCACGUCAAAAUCGCAGACGCAAAACAGCGUAAACGUUGUACUUGAUAAAAGUAGGCUUAAAUCGAUUGUGCUGAAUGGUGUUGAUGUAGGGUGUCUCGUUGACACGGGCGCCUAUGUUACUUUAUUGAAAAAGGGAAUUUAUAUGAAAUACUUUAAAAACAAAAUCUUAAACCCGAAUAACAAAGUGCUGUAUGGUUUCGGCAACGCUAGCACGAAAGUCAUAGGCCACUUCAUAGGCACAGUUGAAGUCGAUGGUUUAAAUGUUGACCAGAAAUUUUUAGUGGUACCCGAUAGCAAUAUAAAAUACAAUGCUCUACUUGGGUAUGAUUUUAUACAAAAGUUCACGUUUGUGGUGAACAACAGUGGCCACACAUUCAUGCCGCAACGCGACGGAGGUAGAGACGAUGAAAGCCAGUUAAACAUUCAUAAUGUAUGCGAAAUAAACCCGGUGAUCGAUGUGCCGAAAGCACAUGAGGCAGCAGUUGUUGAAAUGAUAACGUCAUACAAGCCAGUAGACAAGAUCUUCGAAUGUCCAAUCACGAUGAAAAUAGUAUCUGAAAAUAUAACGCCUUUUCGUCACUCGCCCAGCCGGUUGCCUCCGCAUCAACAAGAAGUUGUCAGAAAGCAGGUUGAAGAAUGGUUGCAGCAGGUAAUAGUGCGACCAUCAUCAUCAGAUUAUGCAAGCAGAGUGGUGCUAACGAAGAAAAAGGAGGGUACAUAUAGUGUGCAUUGA